CGCUUUUAUAGCGUAUGCCAAACGCAUAGUAAAACGGUGUUAGUGCUCACGCAUAUAUCCUGUGCGUGUGUGUGUUGGAAAUUGUAAUAGGACGCUAGCCAUAACAGCCAUUGAUCGUGUGGCUCGUAAAGCCACAUCCACGAGAUCGCGUACGUGCAGACGUUCCUUGUUCUAUGUGCCAGUGGAAAUAAUUGUGGAAAAUGGGGAAAGUGUUCUUAUUAAGCCUGCUUGCUCUGGCACUGCUUGUAACGGUGGUUAACGGCGAUGGAAAGAAGAAGGAAAGCUCUUUUGAGGAAAGCGGUGGCAGCGAGCACGGUGCCGAUCAUCACUCGAAAAAAGGCGACAAAGGUGAUAAGGGGUACGAAAAGAAGCACGGAUUAGAAAAGUCGGAAAAGGGCAGCAAGGGCAAGGAAGAUCACGAAUCGCACUACGGCGAAGAAGGUGGCCAUAAGAAGGAGAGCCACGACGAGGGUGAUCACUACAAGAAGCACCAUGAGGAAAAGAAGGGCUCUAAGCACGGUAAAAAGGGGCACAAGAAGGGCCAUAAGAAGGGCUCCAAGACGACUGGAUAUCAUCACAAAUCACACAAAGAUGACUAUCAUAAGGAGCACAAGUUCUACGAUGAUCAUCACAAGGAGGGCCAUCAUAAGAAGUUUGGCGAUUUCAACGAGUUCCACAAGAAGAACGGAGGCGAACACAAAAAGGGGGGCCAUCACGAGUCGGCCCACAAAGAGGACAAAUAUGCCAAAAAGGGCCACACGGAUAAGGGACACUUCGAUGAUGAGCACAAAGGCUGGAAACACAAGCACGGGCACGAGUCGCACUUUUCGCACAAGGAUGAUUUUGGCAAAAAAGGCGGAAAAUCUGGCGGCAGCGAGCAUGGGUACAAGAAGGGCGAUAAAGGCCACUAGGGCUUUCACGUUUUCGUUCAGUCGAUAGCGUAAUUAAAUCAGAUGUGAUUAAUGCAUGGUAUUAUGAAGCUUUAGACAAAAAUGUGAAUAAAUUUCUACUGAAUAAGGUUUUCAAA